UCUCAAAUGUCUAGUUGUUAAAUAGGCAUAAAUUAUGUACAUCUGUCCUUUCAAGAUGUAUUGAUUUACUAGGUAUAAUAUUAAGAACCUUUAAACAUCACUAGUAGAGAAUAAAAUAUCUCGUAAUCACAUUAAAGAUGAAUCCAUUAUUGGUUUGGUCAAUAUUACUGUAAUUUUCUGUUUGUUGGUUUUUUGUUUUUCAAAACUAGACAUAUGUCAUAAUCUGUAUAAUGAAUAAAAAAUACUUAAUAAAAUCUUGAUCACCAUAUAUCUAUAAUGAAUCAAAAAUUGCUACAAUUGGUCCCAAUGGGUGUGGGAAAAGCACUUUGUUAAAAUAAAUUAUGGGUUUGGAGAAAUCUACUGCUGGUGAAGUUUAUAUUAGGGGAGCAAAAUGUCAUCCCAAAUUAUUUUGAGCAGAAUCAGGUAUAUUACCACUACCAGGACCUAGUUUAAGAAUUCCUUUCUUGUGCAUUUAGGUUUUUAUCCUUUUAGCACUAUAAAAGAUAUGCUUGAUAGGAAGGUCUCCUUUCUGAGUGGUGGAGAGAAGGUAGUAUUGUCAAAAUACUAAUCCUCAGCUCUGCCUGAGUGUUUUACUCAAUCUCUUCCAAUGUCAUUGGAAGGCUUACCACAUCAUUUUCUGCUUCUUCAGACUCGCUUGGCGUUCUGUAAAUUCAUGGUGAAAAAGUCAACUUUACUGGUUCUCAAUGAACCUACCAAUCACUUGGAUAUACCUACAAAGGAGAUGCUUGAGGAAGCUAUACAAGAGUAUGAAGGUACUGUCAUUACAGUUUCCCAUGAUCGGUAUCUUGUUCAUCAAAUAGUUAACAGAGUGAUUGAGGUGAAGGACGGAAAUCUACAAGAUUAUGUUGGGGACUACAAUGUAAGUCUUGAAUUGCUUCACUUUAUAUGAUUCUGGUUCUUUUUAUUUGGCUUCAAUUUUGGUUUGUUUUGUGUUGUUCAUUUCUUUUGUUGUGGGAAAUAUUCCUGGGCUCAUUUUAGUCAAGUCAGAGCUAUAGGAUGUGUUUGACAGGUGAAUUAUCUACGGAAUUUGCUUUCCUUUCCUAAUAUUAUAUACUGGAUACUCCUACUUUUACCCAGAUAACUAAAUUUUUAUAGACAAAAGAAACUAUUCCAAUUGGUCUCCUCGAAAUGUCUUUUGAGUUUUUCUACCGGUUAAAAUACAAAUGCACUUUGCUAUAGUUAUACAAACUGAUCACUUUGACAUGUGGACCCUGUUUGGGUUUGAUACACCUGAUCUUUUGGUUAGUGCCAAUUUCUGCUGUGCUAAAUGUAUAAAUUUGCUGGUAAUGUAUUGUAUUAUCUUGUUGUGUAUACAUUUUGCAUGAAAAUAUUGGCAUUUUUCUCUGAACUCAUAAUCUCUCAUAACCUCUCUAUGGACUCUCUCAGAAUAAUGCGUGUUAUGCUAACUAUUGUUGUCUGGUGUACAUCUAUAGCUGCAUUAGCCUGCAUACAUAUGAAAAAUAAAAAAAAUUAAGAACGGUGACUAAUUAACCAAAAAAUUUAUCCUUUUGCUCAUAUGAAAGAACGAGAAGGGGAAAACUGUAAAAGUGAGGGCAUUGGAGCCUUUUAAAUGGUGUUUUAAAUAUUGAUGUUGUAGACCUAACUAUUUCAGAGAUUUGUAAGGCUUCUAAGAAUAUAGUUGAUGGCAU